GUGCACGACGCGUUCCAACAUAAACACGCAAACAUACUGCAACAAACACAAAUUCCAACAACCCUUAUUCAGGGAAGCCGACUUUUCACCGCAGACCGCCAGCGACAUCCCCCACCUCCUUCAUCAAUCAUUCUCCUCUGUCAUUCUCUCUCACUCGCUUCAACGUAUGCUUGUAUAUUAGAGAUCAUAAAUGGCCUCAAAUAUUCCUGUUCGUAGGCCGGUGAGGACGGUGCGCGCCGCCGUCAAGGACAUAGAGAAUGCCACCGCUCGCGCUUCUAGGAUAGCGACGCGCUCAAAAACCAUUUCCGUUGCGGGCAAGGACGAUGGUACUGUGGUGGCACCACCAAGCAAGCUCAAGGUAACCGAGUCGACGGCGGAGAAGGCGGCUGUUGGGAAGAGGAAGCGCGGCGUCCUGGCUGAGGUUUCUGGACCAAAUGGACCGAAAGUGACUAUGACGCGGGGAAAAGAGAAGGAGACGAGCAAGCUGGAUGGUUCCAAGGUUAAACCAGUUCUGAAGCCAGCACGUCAGCCGUUACGGACGACAGUAGGUUCUCGUGUUGCACCUGUGGCGAGCAAGGAGACAGUCGCUCGGCGUAAAUUUACGGUGGCCAGCACGGAUAAAGAAGUCGUAGGACACCGCCGCACGAUCUCGCACUCUUCGACUAAAGGCGACGAAGCAGCGACUGUCGCUUCCACCUCACAACCUCCCGAUGUCAUUGAUGAAGAAGACGCACCGCGCGUGUUCAAGCGGCGUCACACUACACCAAAAGGGUCACCGCCGCCUUCACCCCGCAUAGCUCUCCCGCCUGUACAAGUCGAAGCUGAAGUGGAGACUCGACAAUCGAUUCCAGAUGAGUCACAAGUGGAAGCCGAGCGCGUCGCUGCUCAUCUUGAAGACCUCGCAGAAGAUGAUGAGGAUUGGGACGAUCUUGAUGCUGAAGAUGAUGAUGACCCACUCAUGGUAUCAGAGUACGUCGUUGAAGUGUGCCAGUACAUGAAGGAGGUCGAGGCCAAAACGUUACCGGACCCAACCUACAUGGACCAACAAGAGGAACUCGAUUGGAACAAGCGAGCAAUUCUCCAUGACUGGAUGUUGCAAGUCCAUACCAUGUAUCGAUGUGUUCCCGAAACAUUCUUCCUUUAUGUCAACAUCUUCGACCGAUUUCUCUCACUUCGCCCAAUGGUAUCCAUUUCGCGGCUGCAGCUGGUUGGAAUAUCGUGUUUCUUUGUGGCCGCCAAAUUCGAGGAGAGCAUAGCGCCUAGCGUGGAAGACAUCGUCAGGCUUGCUGGAGAGCAAUAUACAGUAUCUGAAAUGCUAAAGGCGGAGCAGUAUGUUCUCAAAACGUUGAAUUGGGACCUGAGCUACACAGGACCUAUGACUUGGUUGCGCAGAGGAAGUAAGGCUGAUGACUUGGAAGUCACUGCGCGAACUAUUGCGAAUGGCGUCCUUGUGGCAACGCCGGCGUCGCUGGUUGCUGCAGCUUCUCUGUGGUUGGCACGUCUCGCUCUUGGUCGAGAAGAAUGGACACUAAAUUUAGCACAUUAUUCCACAUUCAAGGAAAACGAACUUCUUCCUACUGCCAACAUUUUGCUUAACCAUUUGCUACGUCCGGAGGCUAGGCAAUCUGCAACCCUUGUCAAGAAAUACUCGUCUAAGAGGUUCGCAAAGGCUAGUCUGACCAUGCGUAGAUGGGUAUUGAGCCAUUGGCCUGAAGGAAGUCGAGUAGAUCUUCCUGCCGUGUUGCCCCUAUUAAAAGCCGCAAUCCGGGAACGGAGAAUCGCGGAGGCAAUCCAACAGGCUGAAGAAGAAGAGUUCAACGACAGUGAUUGAUAUUAAUAACAGGAAGCAGUACGCACCACUUCCUCUUUUUUUACGCAUUCGACGGAUCCAUCAUCGUUAUCUCAAAGUUAUUUGUAUUAUUUUUUUGUUUUCCAGCCCAAUAAUUUAUUAUCUGUGGACUUAGGCAACGGCCUCGGAAAGACAUUAAUACAAACACAGCCCUUGUCCCUUCUCUUCAGAGUCGACUGUCGGGUUCUACAGGCUCUUGCAAAAUCCGAGUGUUUCCAGCCCUGCAUUUGGCCAAGCUAUAG